UUAAACGACGAACAAUCCAGGGCAUUCAAACUAAUAGCAGAGCACAGUCAGGCGAGCAAUCCCGAACCUCUAAGAAUGUUCAUUGGGGGACCUGCUGGAACUGGGAAAUCAAGGGUUAUCAAUGCUCUAAAAGACUUCUUUGUAAAACGAAACCAAGCACAACGAUUCAGACUUGCCUCAUACAUGGGAGUAGCUGCACGGAACAUCUCAGGUAUGACCCUGCAUGCAUCACUUCUAUUAAAUCAAAGA